AUGCCUGUGUCCUUCACCUCACCCAGCCCAGCCCCACCGAAACCUUUCUCCCCCAAAGCCGAUCAGCUCUACUCCACCCGUCAACGACGCAACCUCGACGUCUCCAAAUCAAUCCUUCAAUCCAGAGCCAAGGGUCUCCCCACUUCUCUCAAGCCUGCUGAAGAAGCACAGGUGAAGGCAAUCCUGAGCAAGCAGGAUGUCGUGUCCAAGUGCCUGAGGGAACAAGUGGCGGCAAAGGAUGUGAAGAGGUUGAAACCUGGAGACUGGCUGAAUGACGAGAUUAUGAACUUCUGGGGAGCGAUGAUCCUUGAGAGAUCUGAGGCGAUGAAGGAGAAUUCGACGGCGGGGGCCACUGAGGAAGAAGGGAAGAUAUUGAAUGUGCACUAUUUCAGCACAUUCUUCUUCACGAAGUUGGUGCACCCGGGAUACGAAAAGUCAAGGUUGGCGAAGUGGACGAAGAGGUUCGAUAUCUUCUCGAAGGAUAUCGUCCUCAUUCCCGUGAAUCACGCCAACUCGCAUUGGACGGCCGCGGCUAUCAAUUUCAGGAAGAAGCGGAUCGAGUCAUACGAUAGUAUGAACAUGAACCGAUCUGAGGUAUUCAAGUAUUUACGGGAGUACCUCAACAAAGAGAGCCUCGACAAGAAGAAUAAGCCAUUUGAUUUCACGGGUUGGGAAGAUUAUCAAGCAUUGGACGCACCCCAACAAUUCAACGGGUUCGACUGUGGCAUCUUCACCUGCCAGUUCCUCGAGUAUUUGUCCAGGGGCAAGGAGAUCCCAUUCAAUUUCACGCAGAAGGACAUGCCUUACAUCCGGAAACGUAUGAUUUGGGAGAUCGGGAACGCGAAGUUUAUGCCGCACGACGAGGACCCAUAG